AUGUACGACCAACUGCGUAACAAGCAUUAUAGUUACAAUAACAGCGGGUGCAGUAACUACAACAACGGUAGGCCCCACAGCAGGCACGUCGACGAUCCCACCAACCCCUGGGUGCACAGCCAACUGCGUAACGACAGUAAUUGUUACAGCAACAGCGACUGCUGGAGCUACUACAACGACUACAUUAGGUCCAACGGCCGGUACAUCAACCAUCUUACCGCCUGCUGGGUGUACAACCAACUGUAUAACAUCCAUUAUUGUCACAACGCCUCCUACUUUGAACGCAACUACAUCCACAACACUAGGUCCAACUGCCGGUCCGACCUCUGGUACAUCGACGGUCCCGCCGCCCCCUGGAUUAACGACAACGACUGUAGGCCCUACAGCAGGCACGUCGACGAUCCCGCCAACCCCUGGGUGUACAGCCAACUGCGUAACGACAGUCCAACGGCCGGUACAUCAACCAUCUUACCGCCUGCUGGGUGUACCACUAACUGCAUAACAUCUAUUAUUGUUACGACGCCCCCUACCUUUAGCGCAACAACAGCAACAACACCUGGCUUAACAGCCGGUACAUUAACGAUUCUACCACCUCCUGGCUGCACGACGAACUGCAUCACGUCUAUCAUUGUAACAACAGCUCCUACCUUUAGUGCAACAACAGCAACAACACUUGGUCCAACUGCCGGUCCGACUGCUGUUACGAUUACUGGAGGUGUAGUAACGACAACAACUGUAGGCCCUACAGCAGGCACGUCGACAAUCCCACCAACCCCUGGGUGCACAGCCAACUGCGUAACGACAGUCCAACGGCCGGUACAUCAACCAUCUUACCGCCUGCUGGGUCGCAACGACAGCAACAACGCUUGGUCUAACUGCCGGUACGUCAACUAUCUUACCGCCUCCUGGAUGCACGACCAACUGUAUAACGUCCAUUAUUGUAACAACGCCUCCCACUUUGAGCGCUACGACGACAACAACUAUAGGUCCGACCGCUGGUACAUCGACGAUCCCGCCGCCCCCUGGAUGUACGACCAACUGCGUAACAAGCAUUAUAGUUACGAUUACUGGAGGUGUAGUAACAACAGCGACUGUAGGCCCUACAGCCGGCACGUCGACGAUCCCACCACCCCCUGGGUGCACAGCCAAUUGCGUAACGACAGUAAUUGUUACUGUAACAGUAACUACUGGAGCCACUACAACGACUACAUUAGGUCCAACGGCCGGUACAUCAACCAUAUUACCGCCUGUUGGGUGUACGGCCAACUGUAUAACAUCUAUUAUUGUCACAACGCCUCCCACUUUGAGCGCUACGACAACAACAACUAUGGGUCCGACCGCUGGUACAUGGACGAUCCCGCCGCCCCCUGGAUGUACGACCAACUGCGUAACAAGCAUUAUAGUUACGAUUACUGGGGGUAUAAUAACGACAACGACUGUAGGCCCCACAGCAGGCACGUCGACGAUCCCACCAACCCCUGGGUGCACAGCCAAUUGCGUAACGACAGUAAUUGUUACCGCAACAGUAACUGCGGGAGCUACUACAACGACUACAUUAGGUCCAACGGCCGGUCCAACUGCCGGUACAUCAACGAUUCUACCUCCUCCUGGAUGCACAACCAACUGUAUAACGUCCAUUAUUGUAACAACGCCUCCUACUUUAAGCGCUAUGACGACAACAACUAUGGGUCCGACCGCUGGUACAUCGACGAUCCCGCCGCCCCCUGGAUGCCCUACAGCAGGCACGUCGACGAUCCCACCAACCCCUGGGUGUACAGCCAACUGCGUAACGACAGUAAUUGUUACCGCAACAGUAACUGCAGGAGCCACUACAACGACUAUACUAGGUCCAACGGAUAG